AUGUGCAUCUACAUGACCAUCACCUACGGCUGCGGGCACACAGAGCGCAUCCGCAAGUCCACCCACAAGAGCUGCGAGGUCGAACCCCAUGAGUACAUUGAUUCACCCAACAUGAAAGACCCCAGCAGCCACUGUACAUCGUGCCUUGCGAAAAGCGUGGGACCUAUCAAGAAGUUGUCUAUCAAGAUCAAGGGCAAGUUGGAGGAGAUCAAGGAGCGGAGGACCGAGAGCAACAAAGAUUGA